ACUCCCACAGCCUCUCUGGUCUCUCCGGCGCCUCGACUGCGAGACCCACCGCGACGCCCCACCGAUAUGGCGACAGCCGGUGGCGCCGCACCGGCGGCAAUGGACGAGAAGGCGCGGCGCACGCGCGACCUCCUUGCUAGCUUCUACAACACCGACCCGUCCGCGGCCGCCGGGGGUGCCGCGGCCCCCGCGUUCCUGGCGCGCCCGUCCCCUACCGCCGCGCCCGCAUCGCCCCUCGACUCAAUCAACUCCACCUCCUUCGAUCCCGACAUCUACAUGAAUGUCCUGGUGCAACAAUCCAAUCUGGAAGGUCUUCUACAAAGGCAUGUGAAGAUGGCUACUGAGAUCAAGAACCUAGACACAGAUUUACAGAUGCUAGUGUAUGAGAAUUAUAACAAGUUUAUUAGUGCAACUGACACUAUAAAAAGGAUGAAGACUAACAUUGUUGGAAUGGAGGCAAAUAUGGAGCAGCUCCUUACAAAGAUAACAUCAGUGCAAUCAAGAAGCGACACAGUGAAUACAUCUCUUUUUGACAAAAGGGAAAACAUUGAGAAAUUACAUCGCACACGCAAUCUGCUCCGGAAAGUUCAAUUCAUAUAUGACCUUCCAACUCGUCUUAACAAAUGCAUCAAGACAGAAGCAUAUGCAGAUGCUGUCAGGUUUUUUACUGGAGCAAAACCUAUUUUUGAGGCCUAUGGAGAUACAUCCUUUCGAGACUGUAAAAAGGCUUCUGAGGAGGCAAUGGAUGUAGUUAUACAACACCUUCAGACAAAGUUAUACUCAGAUUCUGAACCUAUUGAAGCAAGAGCAGAAGCUGUAGUUCUCCUUAAACAAUUGAAGUUUCCAGUGGACAACUUAAAAUCGAAUCUACUUGAGAAGCUGGAAGAAUGUCUCUUGAAUUUCCAGAAUGAGACUACACAUGCUUCAAUUGGUGACAUCUCAAAGACAUUUCGUGCUUAUUUAAUAAUAUUUCCUGAUUCAGAAAGGCGUCUCAUUGAACUUGCACAAGCUUUGUUCUUAAACCGAUAUGAGACAGUCAGAGAGAAUCUGAAGAAAAGAAUUCCAUCAACAGAUCUACUGGCAAUGCUACGAUCCUUAUGGGAGGAUGCAACCAUCAUCGAUGAGGUUAUUUCAGAGGCUGCGCUACCAGCUUUUUCUUUGGAGACUACUCGAGACAUUGUUAAGCAACACAUAGCAACUGCAUUUCUCCAUCUUCAAAGUGAAAUAUCAGAGGCACUGGUUAGGACACAUUCAACAUCAAAUGAGAAGUUGGAAGAGUCACAGCUGCAAACUGCUAUGGAGACAAGCAAAAUCAAAGUAUCCCAAGGAUGCAUAGAUCUCCUGCAGGAAUUUCAUCAUCUGGUAGAUGGCAAUAUAGAGUUGCUUGUUAAGCUGAGGGAUUUGAUUAUUGAUUGGGUACAAGAAGGUUUUCAAGAGUUUUUCCAGAAACUUGAUGGACAUUUUCAUGUGCUUUCUGGGAGAAGCAAAACAAAUUUACAAGAGCCAACUAUGGAUUCUAUGCAAACUGAUAAGACCCCAACAGUCUUGGUACUUAUGCUUGCACAACUCUGUGUUUACAUUGAACAAACAACAGUCCCUAAAGUUACAGAGGAGUUAGCUUCUUUUUUUGGAGGUGGUGCACAUAGCUACGAAUAUGGACCACCUUUUGUGCCUGGAGAAAUAUGUCGGCUAUAUCGAUCAUCUGGAGAGAAAUUCUUGCACCAUUACAUAAAUAUGAAGACCCAGAAGAUCUCCAAACUUCUUAACAAGCGAUUUACAACACCAGUUUGGAUUAAGCACAAGGAACCUAGGGAAGUGAACAUGUUUGUUGAUCUACUUCUCCUAGAGAUCAAUGGUCUGGUAUCUGAAGUCAAGCAGAUCUUACCUGGUAUGGUUCGGCGACAUCGGCAUUCAGAUAGCACUGGUAGCACGACUUCCUCCAGAAGCAAUCCAAUGCGAGAAGACAUGUUGAACCGAUCAAACACACAUCGUGCUAGAAGUCAGUUUUUAGAAAAUCACCUGGCAAAGUUAUUUGAGCAAAAAAUGGAAAUAUUCACCAAAGUUGAAUACACACAGGAAUCUGUUAUUUCUACUGUCCUCAAGCUCUGCCUGAAAAGCUUGCAAGAAUUUGUCCGUCUUCAGACUUUCAACAGAAGUGGAUUUCAGCAGAUUCAGCUGGAUAUGGAAUUUCUCAAGACCUCUCUUAAGGAAUUUGUGGAUGAUGAAGCAGCCAUUAGCUUUUUACUCAAAGAGGUGAACAAUGCUGCCCAUGAGAGAUGUCUUGACCCAAUCCCUCUUGAGCCCCCCAUAUUAGAUAAGCUCAUAAAUGCAAAACUAGCAAAAAUUAAAGAGAGAAACCCAAAUAUGCGGUAGCUAUGCACAGAUUGGUGUCGUUUACUAGAAUUCAGUUCUGUCCAUUUGAAUGCACUAUUCAGAGUUGUGUGUGCAACUUCAUAGAGUUUAGGGCACAUAGCAUGGAUGAAAAUCUGGAGUCAGACUCAGAUUUGAAUAACACUCCCCAAAUUGUAUACUGGUAUACUUAAUUUGGGGUGGUCGAGCUGUUAGCAUCCCCUUGCUUGUCAGGCUACCGUCAAGUUGUCUUCUGUGCAUUGUUUUCUUAUCCCAGGUCAGGUACUGGUCUGAAUUUAAUCAAAUGAGCAUCGAGCUGUUAGAAAACCAAGGCACCAACUCUAAUAGAUUCACCAUCUGGAAAGCGAGGGCAGUUAUCAUGCCUUGUGAAGAUGGUUUGUUGGGAUUGCGAUUCCCUUUAUGCGUCCUGUUUUUUUAUUUGUCAUCUUCUGCUGUAUCAUCCU